AAUCCAACCAGCUGGAGUCAAAGUCAAAUACUGCUUAUAAGAAACAGACAGCUGUUCGGUGCCACGUCUCACCUCUAAAAUCAACCACCAUCUACUCCUUGUUAGAAAAGAGGAACCCCUGCAUCUCACACAGAGAGACCAAAACGAUGACAACUUCCAAGCGCCUUUCGGAGAGGAAAGUGGCAAAGUUUCACAAGAAUAUCACUAAGAGAGGAUCUGUUCCUGAAACUUCGACAAAGAAAGGAUAUGACUACCCAGUUGGGCCAAUACUACUUGGAUUCUUUGUCUUUGUGGUAAUUGGAUCAUCUCUUUUUCAGAUAAUCAGGACAGCAUCUAGUGGUGGGAUGGCCUAAGGUACUGGAGUUAUGUUUAUGAUGGAAAUCUGCAGCAUUGUAAUGAGCUAGGGCUUUACUAUCAAAAUGUAAAGUUAGAACACGUGUGAAAGUUCUAAUGCAAAAUGAUGAAUAAAUUGUGUUCUCUACCA